AUGAAGAUAAGCACUCUCAGAUUGCUUAUUCUUAUGGGUCUCUUCAAGAUGACCCUCUGCACCUACUUUGGUACUAAUUAUUAUGUCAAAGGAGAAAUGACUUGGUCUGACGCCAGAAAAUACUGCAGAGAUGAAUAUACUGAUCUGUCAUCAAUCGGUAACCAGUAUGAAGAGGAAUUAUUCAGCAGUUACAUUUCCUCUUUGCCAUCGGGACAAAAAUUGUACUGGAUUGGUCUCUACCAGGAUGACAGUGAUAACUGGAAGUGGUCAGGGGGGACAAAUGCAUCUUUCUUCAACUGGGAUCCACAGGACCCUAUAGAUCCUAAUAACAGAUGUGUUGUAAAAAACCAAGCUGGCUGGCGUAAAAAGAAUUGUGAGAACAAAUUCUUCUUCUUCUGCUUUAAGAGCCACCUGGUCCUGGUGAAAGAAAACAAGACGUGGGAGGAAGCACUCGAGCACUGUCGUAUAAAGGGCAUGGAACUGUUCAGCUUGCGCUCAUAUUCUGAUCUGAUUCAAGUCAUGGCGACAAGCAGAACAGCCGAAAUCAACAACAUGUGGACCAGCCUCCGCUACCUAGCUGGCAGCUGGCUUUGGGUGGAUCGUAUCCUUGCUGAUCACCAGGCCAAGAACCAAAACGAGAUGCCUCAGUGUCCCACCUGGACUCACCGCUGUGGGGCCCUCUCACUGGAUGAGCAGCACUUGGUCAGCUGGGACUGUGCAGACAGACUCAACUUUGUCUGCUACAAUGGAGCUUGA